AGAAGGGAGAAGGUAUGCUCUCCGUAUUAGCAAAGAUAUAGCUGAGUUUUUGUAAUGUGGUGGUUGGUAAGCGGCGGCUGGAAUGAUUUGUGGAGUAUUAUUAUUUCAAUGAUGGACGGAAAAUAUAAGCUCCGGAGAUGUACUUAUAUCUAAGUCUAGGAAAGAUAUUCUAUUAUUUUCUUGCUCUUCGACAGUAAUUCUUCCUAACCAAAAUUAUUCACAACUAAUACCUCCUAUUAUUAAAUAUUGCAGCCAUAAAGAACACAAAAAGUCCAGACUUGCAACCUAAAUUAGACUUUUCUACGUUGUCUACUAUAGCACCAAUGCAUUCACCUAAAACCAUAAGGGCAAAUAUGAAAACUCCAAAAAUGGUAAAAUCUUUUCUUGAAUCAAAUAACCUAAAAUUGUUAGUAGCCGACAAAGACAAAUGUUUUGUUUUAUGCAGAAACAAAGAUUUCCUCAAUAGAGCUAACGAGUUCCUCGAACAUUCUAGAUCAAUAGUACUAAAACAAGAUCCUACUUCCACUGUGUUAAGAAAAGUGCACAAAGUAAUUGCAUUACCAGGAAUUGUAGAAUCUUUAGCUGGUCCUCUCAAUCCUCCAUCGAACGUCGCAUGCCCUAGAUUAUUUUUCGAGGCAAAAACCCAUAAACUGUCAUGGCCACUAAGACCAUUAGUCAACAAACGUUCCCAUCCCACGUAUCAUCUUGAAGCAGCUCUAGCAAAACAUAUCACAUCCUUAAUCCCACAUUCUGAGCUUGUAACUACAUCCUCUACCGAAGCCAAAUGUACCAUCUUACAAAAAUUAGGAAACCUCCCCUGUAACUCCUACCGUUUUUACAAAAUCGAUGUUAUUUCUCUAUAUCCUUCGGUUCCGUAUUUUGAGGCCAUCAUGCUGGCAAAUAUACUAUUUCUCAAUUCUAGUUAUCCAGCAUCACGUGUUUUACACUUACAUGAAGCUCUUAGCCUUAUUACUCAAAAUAAUUAUUUCCAAUUUAAUGGGAAAAUAUAUAAACAAACACAAGGCAUACCAAUGGGCUCCCCAUUAUCUCCUAUUCUAGCCGAACUGGUCAUGAGAAAUAUAGAACAUCAGGUUUUCAAUGCUCCUUUAACAAUCCAAUAUCCUCUCAUGUAUCUACGGUAUGUCGAUGAUGUGCUAAUUGCGUGGGAUAGUUCCAAUGAGGAUUUGCUUCAAUUUACUCAAAUAUUAGCUUCUAUUUAUCCUACAAUUAAUUUUACUGUCGAAGAGCAAGAAAAUAAUAGAAUAUCUUUCCUAGACUUAGAUAUAAGUACAUCUCCGGAGCUUAUAUUUUCCAAUUAA